UGUAACGAAUGUACGAAUAUCGCGUCUUAAAACACUCUAAAAGACAGACCAAGAAUGAAGAUUUUAGUGUUCGCCGCGUGUAUAUUGGCAGCCGUCACGGUGGGUGAUGCACAGUUAAAUCACGAUAUUACAGAAACUACAACAUCAAACGUAUUCGACUCCAAAGCACUGAUUGAUUAUCGUUUAAUGUUUGCAGCAUGCGCCGUGGAAUUGGGUUUAUUGAAUGUUGCAGAGAUUCCUCCCGAGCUACUCUACUGUAUAGCACAAAAGGAAAAUUUGAUCGACAAAGAGGGUGGAAUAUUGUGGGACGAAAGUGUGAAUUACGCUAAAAAACUCGUUCGUGACGAAAACAUGUGGAAUGAAACUUGGGAUAAGUUAACAAAAAAGUGCAAAGAAGAAUACGAUAAGUUCGAAGGAAGCGGGUACGAAAAAUCCUUGAAAACCAUGGAAUGCGGAUUGCCAUUUGUGAAAUACAUUAUACAACAAAAAAUGUUGUAAAAUAAAAUUUUUUC